AUGGGUACUGGUGAAGGCUGGAAAGACUACUGCUGUGAAAAUAGCGAUGACUGCCGUGAAUCUUGCAUCAAGGGCAAGUGCAAUGGAAAAGCUAACCCUAAACCUCCUACUGAUCCCAGCGACGACAAGUGUCUCGUCCCUAGUAACCGUGGUAUGGGCACUGGUGAAGGCUGGAAAGACUAUUGCUGUGAAAACAGUGAUGACUGUCUUGAUACCUGUAUUAAGGGCAAGUGCAACGGAAAAGCCAACCCAAAGCCCCCUACUGAUCCCAGUGACAAUAAGUGCCUUAUUCCUAGCAACCGUGGCAUGGGUACUGCUAACCCUAAGCCUCCCACUGACGAUGGUUCUAAUAAGUGCGUAAACCCCAAAAACCGUGGCACUGGCACUGGUAAAGGCUGGAAGGACUACUGCUGCGAAGACAGCGAUGAUUGCCGUGAUACCUGCAUCAAGGGAAAGUGCAAUGGCAAGGCUGACCCUAAGGGUGCUAAAACUCUUAACUAA